UACGACUCCAGUGCAUUUCAACGCGUCACCACCCCUUCCUCCCUGAAGAGCGUUUCAAAAUCUGAAAGGAGAGGCAGCAGGAUGCGUUUUAGCGUACUGAACCAGAACAAACCGUUUUGACAGCGAAAUAAAAAUUAAAGUAGGCCAACUGUGACACGCAACCCCAAAACAAGAAGUUUAAUCAUCAAGUUUCGUUAUGUUUUUUUAUUUAGAAAAAAUACCAAAGACGGAACGUUGUUGGGAAACUUUGGAGCGGGCUCUCUAAAACACGACCAGAGAGGAGGAAUAGGCAUCCUCCGAGUCAGUGGAGUUGCUGUGGGGCAGGGUGCUGUCCUAUGGGAUGGAUGACGGCCAGCAGGAUCAGUACGAGGAGCGUCUGAAGGAGGUCUUUGAGAGUUUUGACGCCAGUGGAGCUGGGUUGCUGUGCCCCGAGGAGCUAUCCAGCCUGUGCCAGGCCCUGCACCUGGAGGAUUCCACCCCAACACUGCUCCAUGCCCUGCUGCAGAACCAGGACCCACUCACUGACAGGGUUGAUUUUGACCAGUUCAAGAAUGCUUUAAUUCUGGUGUUGUCAACGACGACAGCAGUAGCAACGUCCAGUCAGGAGACAACAUGUGCACCGCCACAACCAGACUCACCAGUCCAAGCUAAGUUUGUGCGGGGUAGUAAACGCUAUGGCCGGCGCUCUACACCAGAGUUCAUCGAGACCAUCGCAGACUUCUCAGAGGUGCUGAGCUCAGAGGCGACAGGGCAGCAGGAGCCAGAGAACCAUGACUCCACCGUACCGAGGAAACGUGAGCGCUGGAACGCUCAUGAAAGCAGUACGGACGAGUACGAGGCAGAUGGCCAGCUGCACCUGUGGAACCCUGAUGACCCCUCCACCCCGCGGGGCUCCACAGUGCCCCUGUCAGAUCGCCUGGAGGAGAGGUUACGACAGGCCUGUGAGGAGCUGGCUAUGCCCUGGGACGGAUGUGCCAGCCACCAUGAGCUACUGGCUCUCUGUGACCAUCUGGGCCUGGCGGUGACGGAGGAUGUCCUCCAGGUUCUUAGUGGUGAUGAGGUCAUGAGCGUUCAGGCGUUUACUUCCUGGGUUCUGAACCAAGCCAAGCCCCCCACCCCGUCUGCCUCCACACCUUACAGGCAGCUCAAAAGACUACACUCCUCACAGCCGUUUGAUGAGACGGGUCGUAGGACCAGCUGUAUGACCAGCUCCAUCAGGAUGUGUCUGUUCUCUACUCUGGACGAUGGGACAGGGUCCACUCCUGCCGAGGAUGUCCUGGAUGCCUGGAUGGAGGAAGGCAUCGAGAACAGCCCUGAGAUACUGCAGGCCUUGGAGUUUGACCCUGAGGGAAAAGUGAACCUCAGGGAGCUGACUGUGGCUCUGGAGAACGAGCUCCUCGUCACUAAGAAUGGGAUCCACCAGGCUGCACUGGCCAGCUUCAAGGCUGAGAUCAGAUACCUACUCGAGCGUGUUGAUCACGAACGCAGAGAGAAAGAGAAGAUUCGCUCUGACCUGGACAAAGCCGAGAAGUUAAAAACCCAACUGGCUGCUGAGGUGGACGAGCAUCACUCUGCCAUCGAACGCAUGAAUGACCUCAACCUCAGGAAGCUGGAGCAGGAACACAGGGAGAAGCUGGUGUCUGUCAGGUCAGAGCUCAUUAAAGAGAUGGACCAGAUUCAGCAGCAGAAAGAGAAACUGGAGGCAGAGAUGGAGAAGAUCAGAGACGACGAGACCUUCCUCAGAGACCACCUCUCACUUACUGUCAAGGAAAGUAGGUGUCUGGAGAUGGAGCUGCUGGUCAGCACUGAGAAACUGUUGACGGCAGAAAGCCAAGUCAGGGAACUGCAGAAGAACCUGGAUAACAUCCUGAAGGAGAAGUUUGGGGACCUGGACCCGGGCAGUGCAGAGUUCUUCCUACAGGAGGAGCGUCUCGGACGGCUCCGCAGCAGCUAUGAAGAACAGUGCCGGGAGCUACAGGAUCGUAUUGACGAGCUUCAAGCAGAACUGCAGGAGUACCACGACUUGGGCCGAACCCCUCAGCCCUGUCUCAAACCCUCGCUCUCCGAGGAGCUGGGCAGUACGAGUCCUGGCAUGGAGUCAGACCCAGGCCUGGGCUUGGAGGAGGGCCAGCCAUUGUUCAACAUGAGUCUGGAGGCAGAGAUGAUGCUGGAGAGGCUGAAAGAGAAGCACCUCCAAGAGAUGGAGGAGCUACAGGCUCAGCUGGAGAGCAAGGUGAGUGAAUUUGACCAGAAGGUGGAGGAGCAGAAGACGGACCUGGAGACCCAGAAGGCAGCCUUGUCUCUGCACUACAUGGAGGAGAUCCAGGCUCUACACGGUGAGAUGUCCAGCAGCCAGAAUAGAGCCCUGGAGCUCCAGGCCCAGCUAGAGCAGGCAGAGGAGGAGCGGGCUGGCUUGGAGCAGAGGCAGGCUGGGGAGAUGGAUGAGCUGGAGCAACAGCAAGAGGAGGAAGUGAGCAGCCUGGAGCAGCAGCUCCUGGAGGCCCGCACCCAGGCUGCCACCCUGGAUGAGCAGCUCCUGGAGGCCCGCACCCAGGCUGCCUCCCUGGACGAGCAGCUCCUGGAGGCCCGCACCCAGGCUGCCUCCCUGGGGGAGCAGCUCCUGGAGGCCCGCACCCAGGCUGCCUCCCUGGAUGAGCAGCUCCUGGAGGCCCGCACCCAGGCUGCCUCCCUGGAUGAGCAGCUCCUGGAGGCCCGCACCCAGGCUGCCUCCCUGGAUGAGCAGCUCCUGGAGGCCCGCACCCAGGCUGCCUCCCUGGACGAGCAGCUCCUGGAGGCCCGCACCCAGGCUGCCUCCCUGGACGAGCAGCUCCUGGAGGCCCGCACCCAGGCUGCCUCCCUGGACGAGCAGCUCCUGGAGGCCCGCACCCAGGCUGCCUCCCUGGACGAGCAGCUCCUGGAGGCCCGCACCCAGGCUGCCUCCCUGGACACAGAGAUGCAGGAGCUAAGGAAACUACAUGCCGCGGAACUCAACAAGCUGGACGAGGAGCACAAAGAGAACCUUUUGACCAGGAUGGAAGAAGAGCAGCAGAGCCACGAGGAGACAGUGAAGGCUGGGAUAGAGGAGGUGGAGAUGAGACUCAUGGAGGAGAGGGAGAGGGAGAAGCUGGAGUUGCAGCAGAGCCACGAGGAGACAGUGAAGGCUGGGAUAGAGGAGGUGGAGAUGAGACUCAUGGAGGAGAGGGAGAGGGAGAAGCUGGAGUUGCAGCAGAGCCACGAGGAGACAGUGAAGGCUGGGAUGGGAGAGGAGGUGGAGAUGAGACUCAUGGAGGAGAGGGAGAGGGAGAAGCUGGAGUUGCAGCAGAGCCACGAGGAGACAGUGAAGGCUGGGAUAGAGGAGGUGGAGAUGAGACUCAUGGAGGAGUGGGAGAGGGAGAAGGCUCAGUUGAACAAGCAGAGUAACGAGUCACUGCAGACCAUGUUAGAGGAGGCGAUGUUACGACUAGUCAAGGAGCAGCAGAACAGGGAGGCCAGGCUCACUGAGCAGUGGGAGCUGGAACGAGCUCGGCUUCAGCAGUGUCGUGAGGCGGCUCUCCUCACCAGGUUAGCCGAGGAGCGCCUGAAGCAGCGGGAGGAGACUGAGAGGAGGCUGAGGGAGGACUGGGACAGGGAGAGACUCCAGCUGGAGGAGGAAUAUGAGGGGGUGUUUCAGGAGCGGCUGCAGGAGGAGAGGCAGAGCCUAAAGGAGGCCCACAGACGGGCCAUGCAGGAACUGAGUGCCAAAAACCAUGAGGAGAGGGAACAGCUCAGCAGUCUACUGGAUAAACUGCGGGAGGACAUCGCUGAGGAGAGGCGUGAGGUGGGUCGCCUAGUAGAGGAGAACCUUUUACUCACACAGAAGAUGUCAACGCUGAAGGAAGAGUCCCUGAAAGACAGCCAGAAGGAGAUGCUCUUCAAACUGGAGCAUUUCAGGAAGGAGAAGAUUUCUGCGCAAAAGAAGGCAGAGAGUUUCAAGAGAAAGAUCUCAGUGCUUCGUCUCCGCAGUCAGCAGCUGGAGGAUGAGAACGGGCUUCUGUCGGAGAAGAACGCCCAGAAUGCAGCAGGAGUGGAGGCGUUGAGCCAACAGCUGGGGGAACUGCUCAGACAGAGUGAGAGACAUGAAGCUGUCAGAGACCAGCAACGCACCGUACCGGAGGAUGAGAGGAUGAAGAUGGCAGUGUUUGUGACUGCCCUGGAGGCGGAGCUAACCAACGCUGUGGAAGGGACUGUACUUCUCGAGGAGGGCAAGGCCCAGCUGGUGCUACAACUCAAUACCCUCAGAGAUGAGGUCGCUAAGAUGGGGGCUGUAGAGGGCCGGCUCUCCUCCCUCCUGCAGGAGCGCAAGGCUUUGGAAAAACAAACCCAGGGAUUACGUAACCAGCUCGCCAAGUCUCAGGAGAGGAACCAGGUGUUGGAGAAAAGCCUGCAGUCUGUUGACCUCCAGAGCGCCCGUCUCAAGUCAGACCUCCGCGUAUCACAGCAAGAGAAGGACGCCCUCAAACAGGAAGUGAUGUCACUGCACAAACAGCUGCAGAACGGCAAUGAUAAGAACCAGGUUCUGGAGAUGGCCCUGCACUCCAGGGGAUACCAGAGCCAGCAUAAGAAGCUGUACCAGGAUGAGCUGGCCAGGCUGGUGGAACAGGAACAGCAGCAGCUGAGGCAGGAGAACGAGAGGCUGACCAUGGAGCUCCACCACACCAGGGAAAAGCUGGAGGUAGCCAUCUUAACCGUGAAACAGCAGAAACAGCAGGGCCAGUCCAGCAUGGUGAAGACUGUGGAACAGCAGAAACAGCAGGGACAGUCCAGCAUGGUGAAGACUGUGGAACAGCAGAAACAGCAGGGCCAGUCCAGCAUGGUGGAGACUGUGGAACAGGAGAAGACUGCUCUGAAGAGAGAGCUGGACGUGAUGCAUCAGGAGCUACUCUCUGCUCAGAACAAGGUGUGUGAGGUUCAGCGAGAGCUGGACAGUCUACGUCAGGAGAAUGAGGGGCUGAAGACCCGACAGGCUCCACUACAGGCCUGGCUUCUGGAGGCCCAGCUGGGUGGUCUGCUGCCCUCCUCCCCUCGCAGGACGUCUGGUGAGUGGAGAGGACAACACUGUGAGAACGACCACAACCCAGAGAACAUACAGGAUGAGAGGUCGAUGAUGAUAAUGAUGAAGAUGGAGGAGCGUAUGAGGGAAAUCGAACUGUCGCUGCAUAACGUCAAGCUGCUUCUCAAAGAGAAGGUCUCUCAACUGAAAGAUCAGCACCACAAGAACGGUAAAGCUGAUUCGUUGAUCAAGGACCUGUACGUGGAGAACGCCCAGCUGCUGAAGGCCUUGGAGAUGACCGAGCGGAGACAGGAAGUAGCAGAGAAGAAGAACUAUCUACUGGAUGAGAAGAUCUCCAGCCUCAACAAGAUAGUCAGAGACCUGAGUCCCUCACCCCUACCCACAAUGCCCUACCAUUUUACCUGUUCUUCACACUCCACCUGAGCCCCUCACCCCGACCCACAAUGCCCUACCAUUUCACCUGUUCCUCACACUCCACCUGAGCCCCUCACCCCGACCCACAAUGCCCUACCAUUUUACCUGUUCCUCACACUCCACCUGAGCCCCUCACUAAUCCCGACCCACAAUGCCCUACCAUUUUACCUGUUCCUCACACUCCACCUGAGCCCCUCACCCCGACCCACAAUGCCCUACCAUUUCACCUGUUCCCCACACUCCACCUGAGCCCCUCACCCCUACCCACAAUGCCCUACCACUUGACCGGUUCCUAAGACUAUACCUCACCCCUACACCCAGUCCCCUCACCCAUACACCCAGUCCCCUCACCCCUACACCUAAUCCCCUACCCCCAGUUCCCUACCACUUGACCAGUUCCUAUAAUAACACAUUACAGUUUGUAGAGUGUUUUUCAUUUCCAGACGUAAAUCCCAAAGCUCUUUACAGAGAAAUCAUUCAAUGAAAAAAAGCUUCAGUGAAAGGACUAAAAACAUUAGGUGAGAAGUUAAGAUGCUUUACUUUAUUAAUUCAACCACUUAAAAAAACAUUAAAAAAACAAGCACACACACACAACAUGAAAAAGCCAUACAUGCACAUGAGAUAAAUCAUGGAAAAUAACACACAAUAAAGUGUGGGACUUAUUUCCAUUGUGGUCCUUUUGAAACAAGAUGGCUGGACAAGAACCAACACGGUUGAACACAGUAUUAAAACGAGAUAUGAAAACAAAGAUCUCAUCAUACACAAGACACACGGAAUAGCAAAGGAGGCGACAAGGACGGAACAAUACAACUUGACACGACAGACAACACAACAGAGAUGACAUAAAGUGAAACGCAGUUUGAAGAAGUGUUUUUCUGCGUUUCUUUGGGACUGUAAGGAGUCUUUGACCGGAGUGAACCUGAAGACCUUUUGAGGCUGAGGAGUUCACUGAGUUAUUGGGGACCAGAGGCAUUGAGUUAUUGACCAGAGGCAUUGAGUUAUUGGGGACCAGAGGCAUUGAGUUAUUGGGGACCAGAGGCAUUGAGUUAUUGGGGACCAGAGGCAUUGAGUUAUUGGGGACCAGAGGCAUUGAGUUAUUGACCAGAGGCAUUGAGUUAUUGACCAGAGG